AUGCGUGCCUUGGGUUUUGAGCCAAAGAAAGAAGAAAUGAAGAAGAUGAUCUCUGAUAUUGAUAAGGAUGGCUCUGGCACUAUUGAUUUUGAAGAUUUCUUGGCUCUAAUGACACAGAAAAUGAGUGAUAAGGACUCUAAAGAGGAAAUCAUGAAAGCUUUCCGACUGUUUGAUGAUGAUGGCACAGGAAAAAUUUCAUUCAAAAACUUGAAGAGGGUUGCUAAGGAAUUGGGAGAGAACCUUACAGAUGAGGAAUUGCAGGAAAUGAUUGAUGAAGCUGACCGUGAUGGGGAUGGAGAAAUUAAUGAACAAGAAUUUCUAAGGAUCAUGAGAAAAACAAGCCUUUAUUAG